CUAUUUUGUCUUAUCUUGAAGAACAUGAAAAUCCAACAUACCAAGAUUUCCUAUAUCUCAAUCGAGAUGUAAUAAUUACCUCACCUCCAUUUACUGAAGAUUGGAGUGGUUUAGAUAGUGCUUGGUCAAAUUGUUUUAUGAGAGCUGUAGAAACUCAUGUUCCAGAUAGAUUUGAAGCUAUAAGAAAGAAAGUUUGUUUCUAUUUAUCUUUAAUUUUGUAUAAUUGCACUCCUGAAGGGUCAACGUGCAUUUCAAGGGUAUCUGGUCAAC